AUGGAAAAAGAACUUGAACAAUGCGAGCCUGACAUGUGUGAAAUGCUGAAAGAGUUUGGUGCCAUGACAGAAAAACUCAGAGCUGUGGAAACCAGGCUGAAGAAGAGUGAAACACAGAUUCUUGAACUAAAAAACAAAGAAAUAACCAAGGUGAUGUUCAGUGCAGCAAUUGGAGGAGUAAAUAGAGACAUUGGACCCUUCAACACAGACACAAUUUUAAUCUACAGAAGUGUGAUCACAAACAUUGAUACUGCCUACAAUCCAGCCACAGGUAUCUUUACUGCACCUGUUACAGGCGUUUACUACUUCACCUUCUCUUAUCAUGCUGGAAAGAAUUACCCAGUGAGUCUAGCCCUCUACAAGAACGACCAGGUUCUUGUGGCGUCCCAUGAUCAUAAGACACAGUAUGACGGGGCCGACAACGGAGGCAACGCAGUGUUUGUGCAGCUGCAGAAAGGGGACCAGGUGUUUGUGCACUUACGUGCUAAUGCACAUGUUUGGGGAAACAAUGACGUCACCACCUUCAGCGGUUUCUUGGUUGUUGAAUGA